GUCUCCCCAAACGAGGGCCUGAGGUUCUCUAUGAUGAUUUUGUAGCCCCUGUCAAGACCACGAGUCAAUGGUGUCAUGGCACGUUGCCGGAUUCUUGAGCCACGGCUUUAGGAACCAGAACUGAACUUUUCAAAGUUGGCCGUUUCUCCUCUUUGACCCAGUUGCACAGUCCUAGAGGCUGUCGCUAACCAGCCGUUAAUCGAGGACAACUUCUCCUUCGCGGGCAGUCUGGCAUUUCCCUGCCUGAAUGCGUGCAAGCUGCUCGACUGUGGUCAGAAUAACACUGACAUAGAUCUAUGCAGCCCUUGAAUGCUGGGACCGCGGACACCGACGUGGGAGGCUUGGGCCAGCAAACGUCAAAACACCCUGCAGCAAACUCCGGAGACAAAUAAAAUCCACACAAAAUAUUCAUCUACAUCCAGUUCACUCACCCACCGACCACAGGUGAAAUGAAUAUCACAGCGCGACGGCUACAGCUUUGACCCACUUUGACUUGACUUGUUCAUUUUGAUUUUCCUGGUCGCUCCUUCACUAUUAUCAUUAAUGUGCUUGAUUUGGUUCGGCGCUUUCAAUCGGCUGUACUUAUCAGAAGGGCCUGGCGCAUUGGGGUUCAUUCGCGUGGAAACAUCUGACGUUACAGCUAGUAAUGGAGCCUGAUGAGACCGAGUUGGAUCAAAAUGUUCUCAAGACGAGAGUCGAAAGCUCAUCUCCGCCUCUGCACAUGAACGAGCAAGUGGUCGCCAAUGCAGACGUCUUCCGCAACCAUCGUCGUCUUGUUGACUGGGUACUUGCCAACGACGGUUACUUUCAUCCCCAUGCUCAGAUCGCCUUCAGCCAACGCAAAGGAUUUCAUGCUGUGGUUGUCGAAGGUCAACGCGCCGUCAGCGGCACCCGCAUUGCAAGUUGUCCAAUAUCAACCACCAUCUCGGUGCUCAAUGCUCUUGAUAUCAAACCAUUCUCAAGUCAUGGAUCUCGGUUUCCAGAGUCUUUCCUUCACAGUCUAAGCAAAAACCCAGAGUCCUUACAAGCAUUCUUCCUUAUGGAUCAGUUGGCGCUCGGAGACAAGUCAUGGUGGGCUCCAUAUAUCAAUACGUUGCCUACUGUUCAGGAGGUUACAGAUUUGCAGUUUGAAGAGGAGGCAGACCGAAUCUGGCUGGAAGGCACCAAUCUCAAAGGUGGUCUUUCCGAGCAGACCGCAAAAUGGAAAGAAAUGUAUCUCCAAGGCGUCGGACAGCUGAAGCAAUUGCGGUGGCAUAACGCCCUUAACGGAGCGUACACAUGGCCGAAGUUCCGAUGGGCUGCAACGAUAUUCGGUAGCCGAUCUUUCACCUCACAAGUCCUGGAUGACACUCCACCAGCAGACGAGGCUCGCCAUCAGUAUCGCCAGACCCAUGAUGAUUCUAGCUUACUGGUCAGACUAUUCUCUCAGCGAUUCGCAGUACUACUUCCGUUAAUGGACUUGCUCAAUCACAAACCGGGUGCAAAGGUCGAAUGGCAGGCUAGGUAUGGCUUUGUUGGCCUUCAGGUACUGGAGGAUUACGAGUCCGGCGAGGAACUUUGCAACAACUACGGUCCACGCGAGAACGAAGGCCUUCUGUUGGCGUACGGCUUCACCAUUCAUGACAACCCUUAUGAUCAUCUUGUAAUUGGCAUCAAAUCCCCUCCAGGCUCGCCAUUAGCGAUCGCUCGUACAUGGCAACCUGAUCUACGUUCAGAUCCAGAGCGCAGAUGUUUCAUCUUCGGCCCCCAUCAUCCUCGAUCGACAUCAGCUACGUUCCUGGAAACAUCGUUAUUCUCAUUCGAUCUACUAGACACUAUCUCAGUCCUCUGCGCCAACGAGCGUGAGCUCCAGAUGAUGCUCUCCCGCAAGCAGACGCUCAUGAGCUAUUGUCUUGGCCAGGAGUCCAGGUUUGAAGACGGACGCAUCGUCCUAGCCACUCUGAGCCAGUUGUUGACAGAGUGUAUUGCAAGAGCAUCCAGGCUCAAAGCUACCGAUCCCUCACAUUGGGAUCCUCCUUUCACACCCAUGAACUCGAAACAGCACCAUGCCAAGGUCUAUCGCGACAGUCAGCUUAGCAUCGUGGAAACAGCCGCGGCUGUCUGCAGAUACGUGCUCAUGGUCUCAACAAGCGAAGAGAUCGAGGAGAUUAUCAUUGCCAAACUACGUCCCGCCCUGUCAGCUAGUAGCUUCAGCAAUUUAGAACAGCUGCUGGGGCGCCAUCAGAAGCAGCUAACACAUUCAUUCGAACUUCUGACUCCCGAGACCAUCCUCGAGAUGCUCCCCAAAGAGUUGUCUGCCUCGUUGCAGAGAUGCCUGUCUGAAGUGGAAGCCAAUCUUAUCAGCAUCGAAUCUGAAUUUAAGCCGCAAGCAAGUUCCGACAAGACUCGUCUUGCAGUCAUCCUUGCUGCAUUGUAUGGUGACUACACUCACGGAGUCAAAUUACCACGCAGAAUCACUGAAUGGCUCAAACAGUUGGCUGAGUGGUAUCCGCUAGACCCAGAAUCAUGGGCAUACGUGCCUACACCUGGCCCUUGGACACCAGGAGAGGAACCGCCUGAAGAGUUGAUGGCGCUGCUUACGGCCCGAGCAGCUUUAUCGCCUGCGUUUCCUGCUGAAUCAGCUGUCAAGAGGUGGUUGAGGCCGGAGAGGUUGUGCUGGGGGUGGAAUAUUAUGGAGGAAGAGAAGGUCAGAAUUCCCGCGAGCGUCUUGGAUCUAGAGAACAACAUAGCCGGUACGCAAGGUGACAGCAGAGUUGUGAUCUACUGGCGAAAAUACUAGAGAUGAUACCCCGGAAUGAUAUCUUUCCAUAUUGACUGAUCGUAUGAGACUCUGGUCACCAUUCCACCUUGAAAUA